AGUCACUAUUACUAUCGAAUUGGGCCGUUUCUUUGACCUGUAAAUUGUGACGGCAUAUGACCAAAACUGCCUAUUCGAAACGGAGGAGUCCACCCAAAUUGUUGCGUCUGAGCCCAGAGCUCUGUCUUUAGGUUGCCCCGAAAGGGGCCUUAGGUGUCAGCAAUGCAGAAAGGGCAACCAGGACGGCCUGAGCCCCUCGCUGGGCAUCCACGCUAUGAGAAGAUCAAGGACCUAAACAGCGGCACGUUUGGCUUCGUCCAGCUUGCUCGCGAUAAAACCACAGGGGAAACAUGGGCUGUAAAGUUUAUCGAGCGGGGUGAUAAGAUAACCAAGUAUGUUGAGCGCGAAAUCAUCAACCACCGAUGCCUUCUGCAUCCCCACAUCGUGCAGUUCCGAGAGGUUUUUCUUACCCCGACGCAUUUGUGCAUCGUCAUGGAGUACGCACCCGGCGGGGAUAUGUUUGAAUACGUAGUCAAGAAGAACGGCUUGAGAGAAGACGAGGCCCGCUGGUUCUUCCAGCAGCUCAUUGUGGGGCUGGACUACUGCCACCGCAUGGGCGUGGUGAACCGCGACAUUAAGCUGGAGAACACCCUCCUGGAUUCCAGCCCGCGGCCGCUUGUCAAACUCUGCGACUUUGGGUAUUCGAAGCACGAAAAGUUCCAGUCCGCACCCGGGUCGCGUGUGGGUACCCCGGCGUACCUGGCUCCCGAGGUUAUCCUUACCACCAAGGGCAAGACUUAUGACGGAAAGAUCGCUGACAUUUGGUCCUGCGGUGUGAUGCUGUACGUGAUGCUGGUCGGUGCCUACCCGUUUGAACGCCCGGAGGAUAAGCACGAUAACCAGAAGCUGCAGAAGAUGAUCCAGCGCAUCUUGCAAGUGGACUACCACAUCCCGCCCAGCGUUCGCGCUUCUGAGGACUGCCGGGACCUGCUUUCGAAGAUUCUGGUGGCCGACCCGUUAAAGCGCAUCACGAUCGACGGGAUCUACAAUCACCGUUGGUACCAGAAGGGUCUGCCUCCAGGCGUGCGUGAGAUGAACGAGCGCGCGCAGCCGCCGCCCGAGGGUCUUCAGAGCGUGGAGGAGAUCAAGCGGUUGGUAGAGGAGGCCCGGCACGUGGGCGUCGGCGCUCCUGGCUACGUGAACCCCGUGGAGACGGACGAGUACAUUGACGACGCCAUGGACAACAUGUACGACGAGGGCAGUCUAGACUACAACGAUUGA